UUUUUAUCCAGUACACAUCGUGUUGGCGUCCGAUGUUGACGCAGUUUGUUUAAAAUUAUUGUUUAUAAGUUGUGAUAAUUGGAUUGUAUCGUUUUGCAGAUCAUGACUUAGCUGCCUAAUAUGGAGAAAGAAACUGUUAAUUUCACCAACACCCAAACUGGGGCUUCAGCUGAAGUUAACAUUGAAAAUACGUCCAGUAUAGUGGUAGUUGAUAUAAAAAUAGAAAAUGAGGAACUAAAAGAAGAAACUAAAAAUGAAAGUGGUGUUAUAGUUGAAGUGUUUGAAGACAAAGACUCAGUUUCUAAAGAGAACUCUUUUAUUGAGAAUGGUUUGUGUGAAACAAUAGACGAUGCACGAUCUUUAGGUGACCUAGAUAGUUUAGCGGCAGGGGACGAAUUAGUGCUUGGCGCAGCGGGCAGUGACAGCGGAGUAGAAGGAUGCGGCCGAGCGUUGAGCAGUGGCGGAGGAUCUCGGUCUUGUGCAUCAAGUGUAGUUUCCUGCGGCUCAGGUUGUGGUUCAGAGAGUUCUUCGGUCGCAGGGGCACCUCCAAGACCAAGAAAACGUGUCAAUGUGACAGUUACAGAGCCAAAGAGAAGUUCUCCGAUAACAUCUACUCCUCGCCCGACAACGGCUCCUAGAGGACCAAAUCUAGCCACUCGUGAACGUGCCCGAAGCAGAGAGAAACCGAUACCGCCCGAGAAACCUCGGCCGUUGACUCCAAAGCCUAAAAUUAGACCGACUACAGAUCUUCCAAAUCUUGUCAGAGAGAGCCCCGCAUUACGUGCCAAACAAACCAAAACUUCCGCCGCUAGAUGUAGAACGCCAAAUUCACCUCAGACUGAAGAAAAGAAAUGGCCAACUAACGGUCAGAGGCUGGCCACUGUGUCAGAUGCAGGAGCCACUCGUGUGGCGGCUGAUAAAUAUGGAACCUUGCCGAGAAGGCGGAGGGAAGAUCAAGAGAUGUCGCCGAAACAUGACAGUAGCCCCCCAGCAUCUAGACGUCCCACUGUCACGCGUUCAGCGUCCUCGAGAACAGCCACAAAGACGCGAGUUAAAAUUUACGCCGAAAAGACAUCACAAACUGUUUUGUUGGGUUCCGAUAUUGAAUCCGCUUUUGGUGGCGUCGUUCCCAAUAUUGAAAGAAUAGAAGUGAAUCGUUGUCAUCGUGGAGUGCAAGCAAGUGCAAGAGACACCGAGACAACACGACUUGCAGCAGCCAAGGCCGCAGCAGAGGCCGCUGCAGUCGAGGAAAGAGAGCGCAGGUUACACGCAGAAUCCCAGUUGGCUGCCGAACGGACUGCAAGAUUGGCUGCCAUCGCAGAGCUUGAGAGAAAUUCGUUGCGGCUUUUGGAACUGGCCGGCGCAGGCGCUGGCGCAGGCGCAGAUGGCUGUCUACGAGCAUUGGAAGAGCAAUUGCGAUCCGCAGAAGACCUAGCAACUCGGCAGCGAGCUGAAAACGACACGUUGAGAGACCACUGUGACAAGUUACAUGCGGACGCGUGCAAAGCCCGUGAAAGGUCACGCGUCUUCGAAGCGCGUUUGACAGAAGCGGAGCGUGAAGCGUCGGAAAUGCAGGACUUCUUGGCCGCUGAGACCGGAGCUCUUGGGGACUCGCUGCUUGAUGCUGAGAAUGAGAUUGCCCGGCUCAACGCUGACCUUGAGAGAAGACGAGGUGAAUGCCGUCAACUAGUGCGUAUGUGCGAACAACGUCGUCAAGAGGCUCUGGCUGCGUCCGCUCGCGCACGUUUCGCAACGGGCGCAAGUGUGGGUGGUGCUCACGCUAGCGCGCACGCACUCGACGCACUCGCCCGUAAACUACGCACGUUGACAGAUGCAGUGCGAACGGCUUAUGCGUUGCCACAUCAUGCUAUACAACCAACUGUUUUUCACAAUGAUGCGUACAGUCGUAGCGACAGUGGCGAUACACUGUCCCCAGAAGAGGAAUCCAGGGGUGGUCUGCUAGGAGCAGUGGUACGUGCACUGCGUACGGCAGCAGCGAGCGCGCCCGUACUUACGCACGUUGAUGAUGAUCGCUCAAGGAUAUCCGAUGAUAAUGAUUCAGCUGAAUUACUUGAUUCGGAAACGGAGCCCUGUUUGGUCACUGACCCGGAAUGUGCGGAAGAGUGGUGGUCGGGCGCCUGGAGUGGUGAAGAAUUGUCUCCCGAACGAGAUUCUUUCGGGGACAUUGAUAAAGAUCCAGAAUCUAACUCCGGAUCUGAGCGCGAAUCGCUCCGGAAUCUAUCAGCGGCUAUUGCGCAAAGGCAGAGGUCCGAGGCGGAAGCGGAAGAAGCGGCUCGGGGAUGUCUUUUGGACAAAGUGGUGUUAUUGGACCAAAGAUUGGCGGAACUAGUUCGAGCGCUCGCAUUGGCUGCUGCCGCCGCGAGGCAUAAAGACGCGCCCGCUGCUACGCUCGCUGAUACACUCCGGGAGAAGUUGGAUGUGACUGAAAAAAAUGUGGCUGACGUGGUCGUGAAGAAAUUAGCGGAGCUUGAUGCCUCAAAACACAUGAUGGAGCAGUACAGAACCUCCAUUGAAACGCUCAAAAAUCAGCUGGUCCAAUGUACUGAGGAGGACGACGUCGAAGUAAUUGAGCGGGAACUGUCAUCAUGUGAGGAAACCGAACGCCGUCUCCGCUACGAAGCUGUAGAGGGCGCUCUGUCAAGUCUUUCAUCCUUGGGCUGGCCCCGACUUAUGCCUUUGCGAUUACGUCUCGAAAGAUUAGCCUUCGCACUCGCCGCUCCGCCGAGGCCCGCGCACGCGCAUAACACUUCGCCCCUAACCCCCCAUCCCGCUGCCUGUACUUAAUAUUGGUAUGACUUUGAAUUAAACCAAAUGCGGAUAAACUGCCGCAGUUAUUUAUAGUUAUUAAAGGGAUGCACAUCAAAAUUUACUUGUAAUAAUUUAAUUUAACAAUUGCUGAAUUUUGGCUGCAAAUUUUUGACUACGGCAAUAAAAUUAGGUUGUCAGCAUUCAGUAUUAAGAGAACAAGUAUUUAAGUUUUUCUUUUUAGUAUACGUUUUAGUUUUAUGCCAGUUUCAAGUAGAAUAAUAUACGGCUUUUGUUGUCUUUAAAACCGCGUUUUAAGUGUAUUCUGUACAAUUAACACUCACUCACCGACUCUACCAUGAGCUUGUCUAUGCGCAACGUCAUUAGUCUGUGCCAAAUAUUUCUAUGAUUUUUUUUAUUUUACAAACGUAAUAUUUUCAUUAAAUAUUUUAAUAUCUUGUCAAGCUCAUAGUAGACUUGUGUUAUGAAAACUUAAAUAUUGAUUAUCUCCUAUAAAGGACUAAUGCAGGAGAAUGUAAGGUCGAUGGCGACCCGGAGGGGUCUGGAGCCCCUGGGACCUAUACAGGUUCUCGAUUGUUAUUGUUAUUCAUAAAACUUUGAAUUACGCUAAUUUUAGAUCCGCACUUAAACGUUUAAGUUUGGUAACAGGGGCUAAGUUAAGGCAAGUAUCAGAAAUAGUUUUCGAUCAUAGAUAAUUUUACAUCUGUAAAAAAGGAAGAUUUUUGCAUGGCGAAUGUGUACUAAACGCACACAUAUACUUCUAAAUUUGCUAGGGUCAAUUGUAGGGCAAGAACAUGACAUACUGUGUAAAUUUUAAAUGUUAUCAUUUGAAAUUCCGUUAUUUUUAAGAUUAAAAAUCUCUUCGAAUACAAAGUCGAAAGUUUCCUAUCUACUUAAUAAACUAGAAACCAUAUACAAUUGAGCUUUUAAGAAUUCUGUAUUAACAAAAUCGUUCCUCUUGUAAAAACAAUAUUUUUAAAAGUAAACUCUGUUUUCUGAUUCGUAUCUCAAGUCAGAAUAUUAAGCGCUAUCCAAAGUGUCAAACUGAAUACAGAAUAAAUAUUUGACUGCUAAACUAGAUUUAGCUUUCGUUCUAGAAUUCGGGUUAAAGUGAAUGGCUGGAAUGGCAUUCCAAGUUAUCAAUAUACUUAAUUAUUAAGAGGUUGUUCCAAUAAAAUACUAUUACUAUUCUACUCUACUAUUAAAUUUAAUAUCGCAAAUUGUAAUUUAAACUUCGCGAAUAACCUCCCAUUAAAACUUGAAGAUGACCCCUCUACUGUGCCAGUACUUUUCUUGGCCAGUAACAGCGUUGCUGUCAUAGAUAUUUGUAUUACCAGUAAAUAAAAAUUAAUAAGGGGGACUAAUUUGAAGUCAUGCAGGAUAACUAAAACAACGUAUACUAGUAAUAGUUCACUACAGUUCAUCUUCAAUCUUCACACACAAAUUUAGGAACAACUGGUAUCAUAGGUUUUGUUGCCUGUACUAUUAAUAUAUCUUUUAAGAUUCCUAACAAUCAGAACCGUUUUAUAAUUAAAACUUUGCCAUUGUAAUUAAUAAUGCAACGAAUAAAAAUAAAUACAUUUUAGUUGGAUUUUUACUAGAUGUUGGUAGAUAGUAAAAUUAUUUAUUGAGAUCACGUUGUAUUUGAGACUCUGACAUUUCGGUAGUACCAAUUUCAGCUGCCGGCCAAGAAAAGUAUGUGGCACUAUAAGUCUGGCUGACUUCCGUAUGUCAAAUACUAAUUGGAUUUACCAUACUUAGCGCUAACAAUAUUACCCUAUGUUGCCUUCUAGACUCUAUGAAGCGUAUACAACAAUCUGUUGGUCAUAAGAAUUAAGUUUUAAAAAUUUUAAUGGAACAACCUUUCACAAUAGCUGAUAAUUUACAAAAAUCGCUUUAAAUCUUCAAUUUCAUAUCAUCCGUCCUGGUCAAUCGUGCUUGCCAGUAGUAAAUAAAUCGUAGGCUUUUAAUAAUAUUAAAAACAUAUUUUUCAUUAACGGCUGCAUUUUCAGACUGACGUUAGUUAUUGUAUUUCACGCAAAUAUUUUAAUUAAAUUCACGUUUAUAUAUAUAGAUUUUCACAGGUUACGUUUACGCACUAUACGCUAUGAUACACAAAAGUAAAUUAAAGGGGCGUAUUUUGUAUAUCUAUCGCUGGGCUGUGAUUGGCCGAGGAAAUGCCAACAGCGAGUAAUAAAUAUGAAAAUAUUUCUCUGUAUCCAAAUUUACAGAUUUCAUGUUAGUUUAACUAUCGCUUUCAUUGAUUAAAUUAUUCUUAGUACAACGUUUUAACUAAUUAUAUAUAUUUAAAAAAAACAUUCAUUUAUUUCUGUCGCGUUUUCGCUUUGAUGAAGAGACUUAUUAUAAAAAGUGGACUAAAUUAAGUAUACAAAAAACCUAAUAAUAUUACACGUUAAUGCGGUCCAUUUAGUUUAAAUAAAAGGGGGGGGGGCUGUCAAUUAGCCUCAUUUUAAUGGCUCUUGUUUAUACGCCAUCUCGUGAUGGAGAAUAAACAUUAGUCAUAAAAAUAAUUCUGCGUUUUAACUACACUUCUCUUUCGUCUCUUACCGUCAUGUUAUGUUUAGGCUGUGCUUAAAAGAGACACUUGAGAAAUUUAGUUAAAAUGAUGCAAUUGCAAUGAGUUUUUUAUGAAUAACCGGGAAUAAGUAUACACUAUUACUAUUCGGUUAGAUGAAAUUGUUGAGACUUGUUGAUAAAAUAGUCGUAGUUGGUGUAUGUGAAUAGUUUAACGAGUUUGCCAAUGUUUAUCGACACGUGAAUUGGUUAAAUUCAACUUGGGGAUGUUAAAUAAUAGACGUAAUAUUAUAAGAAUAAUACAAGUAUGUGCCGAAACUGAUAAAAAAGUUUUAGCAAAAGAUUAACGCGGUGAAAUGAUGGCAGACAGCCGAGCGGCCAUCUUGGUUUGAUCUCUCAUAAUCUACAGAUUAUAAAGAAUUCUAUAUUUAGGAUAUUUCUUCUGUAUAUUCAUUGCAUUUUUAAAUAUAUUUCAUCCCUAACGCAUUUAUACUGCAUUGUGUUGUGUGCAAUUGUAUUUUCUUUUUUAUAUAAGUUCACUUGUAAAAUUGUUUUGCCAUAUUGAAUAAUUUGAUGACAAAUCAUGUAUGUGCCAUUGUGUGUUAAUGUAAACGCAGUGACAAAAUUGUAAACGUACUAUGAAACUCUAAUUAAGGUUUAUAAUACGUUUUUGAAUAAGUAUUCUCUAGUCAAUUGACAAUCCACAAAUUUGCUUGUAAGCUUUUCCGUUUUGUUUCUGUUUUAAUUAAAUUUAAAAUUAUGGUGACGCUUUUGUAAUUUUGCGACUGGUUUUUUUUGAUAAGGGAAAUGAUUUAAUUAUAUUCGUAAGGUUCUUUAAUAACUGUUCCGCGGAUAAGUUUGAAGAUGGAUUUAUGCAUCUUUAUUAUUUUUUAAAACAAGGCUGAUCACUCAUAAACAGGAACAUUUUUUCCUCGAUAAUCAAACCUCGGUCUAGUUUAAAGGUUUAGGGCGUCAGUAAAUUUUUGUCUAAUAAUUAAAUCACUUCCCUGGUAAAAAUAUUAUUUUGUUUGCUUGCAGUGAGGUGCUAAGUAUUGAUUGUAUAAAACAAUUGAUAGAUUUGAUUCCAUUGCGUUUGUAAUAACUACGAAAUUAUGUAAAUAGUGUUGUAAAUAAAAUAUCUUU